CGUUUGUAUAACUACAGGUCACAUGAUCGUGUUGAUCUUUCUUUGGCCGCGCUUCAUUAAAGCCAACUCCAAGUCUAGCAGCCUAAACCCUGCAGCAGAAACACGUUAACGCAACGGCUUUGCUCAUUUUUCUGGACUUUGGGAGCUUUUCUAUCAGUGCCUGGGGCUUUCAACCGCUCUCCAAGCCUUAUCUUCAUGCUAAAGUUAGCAUACAGACAGGUAGCGUACUAGCUGUGUUAGCUGAAGUUGUUGUCGUCGAGCUCUUUUUCGACAAAGAUCUGACCGCCACCAACUACGAGAAAAACAUGACGAGCACUGGCGGUGUCCAGACACGGUGGCCGACAUUUACCGUGCAUCUUAUUUUUGCCGCUGUGGUCCUGCACCAAACUUUGGCUACUGUGACGCCCCCCAGCACUGAGGCACCACACAAGGAGCCUGGCAGACCGGAGACGGGGCACUACCAAGUGACCGGCACCAAUGGCAGCGUGUGCUUGCUGGCGUACAUGGGCCUUCAGCUCAACAUCAGCUUCAGCUCCGCAUCCUUAAACCAGACGGUGCAGGAUGUCGUCAACCUCGAGCCCAACACCACAAAGGCCUCCGGGUCAUGUGACGCAGACAGCGCCAUGCUGCGACUCUCGGCGGACGCCAAUAAAACCAAUCUGACCUUUUUCUUCACUCUUAACACUACGUCCAAUAAGUACCACAUGAGUGAAAUUGCUCUGUCAGCAAUCUGGCCGGACAUGAAAGAGCCCUUUUUGGCACGUAACAGCAGCCUGGACUACCUUCGCGGAACCUUGGGCUUCUCGUAUAUGUGCCGCGUGGAGCAGACGCUUGACGUGGUGCCGGCUUUGUCCAUCAACACCUUCCAGUUGCAGGUGCAGCCCUUUGGCCUCACUCAGAACAAGUUUGGCAAAGCUGAGCAGUGCCAGAUGGAUGAAGACGACAUGCUGAUCGCAAUUGUGGUCGGGGCGGCCCUAGCUGGCCUGGUCCUCAUCGUGCUCGUUGCCUACCUCAUUGGCAGGAGGAGGAGCCAUGCCGGCUACCAGACCAUCUGAGGUGGCAUCCGCUCACAUGUAACCCGAGCCUUCUCUCUCCGUUAUUAACCACUUUCACAUUUAACAUGCCACAAACUCCUGUAUCCUUAACCCUGGUGGAUGCAUAAGCUAAAUUAUUAUAAUAAAAGGGAUGUUGUGAGAUUUGUGAGGAAAUAUCUAGAAAGCAAAGGAUUCAUUGCUGUGUUGUAUUUAUACAUUUUGUAAAGGGAAUUACUGGAUUUCAGGCCACUUCUUGCUUCUUUUGGGUGCCAACCUGUAAUGAUUUUGUUUAUUUAUAGCACAAUAACUAGUGUUUCUUGUGGUGAAGACACUACGUCUCAGUUACAUUCAGUUACAAGUAUUCACGAUCUCUCGCUAGGUACCUCAAUGUAGCCUGCUUGUUUAGUCAUGAUUGUGAAGUCUCAGGAAUGGCCGGUGGCAAUGUUCUUGCAUCCAUUGCAGAAUUGGACUCAUUUGGAGGUGGUAUGGGGGAUUUGUUUGAGAAAACUGGAUUUUGGGUGUUAAAAUGCUUGACUGGUCUGAUAAUAAAAGGAUUAGCAAAAUUCAGCUCAGCAGCUAAACCAUGCGACUGCCUACUGGCAUGACUACCACACUAAGGUUAGACUACUUCAGGAAUAAUUACACUACAUAUCUUGAGUGUUGGUAUUCCCUUUUAUAGAUUAAGCACUUUUUAUUAAAUACCUACCCAGACAAAGCACAUUUUUGUCUAAGUCCCCUUAGGUUUUUUUGUCUUCAUUUUUUACCUUGCAUUUUGUUGGCCUGAGUGUGGUGAUCAAACAAACACAUGUUGGAGGUCAAGAUCUUCAACUAAAAAUGAAGGGGACCUACCUGGCAACCCUGAGGAACUCUGUAAGACAAAUAGGUGGUGGCCAUUUGACAAAAUAAUGGGGAAAAUUAAUGGUCAAUUAACCUAAUGUGACUCAGGAUUUAUGCUAAAACAACCUAACCUUACUGUGGUCAUCUAUCUGUCAGCUCCCACAAUCAUCCCAAAACAAAUAACCCAAAUGCCAAUCCCUAAAUCAGACUUUGUGCAGCUUGCCUCAAGGCUCCCUCCCCUCUAUUUACUUCUUUUAGCGGUUACCUUGACAAAAAAAAAUGUUUUUAAUCACAAACCAAGAUCAGCAUAAAUGUUGGGUUCGGGCUCAAUUAAAUGAGUACUAAUUUCCCCUAUUAGCAAAUUUGUCAAUCCUUUUAAUUUUUUUGGUUGAGUGCCACAAGGCUCCCAUCUGGGUCCAAUUAGAUUUUUGGUUGGCUUUUUAACCUCCACCAUUAUUUGACAAACACAUUGUUUUGCAUUAAAUCAUGUUAGAUUAAUUUCAGUGUUUGUCUUCCAACAAAAAUGCAAUUUGGUCAAAUGCACGCCCCGCCCCAAUUUUUUUUCGGGGCGAGUGCCUAAAGGCUCUCUUUUUAGUCCACCUUGUAACUUCAUAAACUUUAUAUCUUCAAAAUGUUUGACUACAUGUUUAGCCUAGUUUACCACAAAUCCUGGAAAAUCUGCACGUUGUCUUUCCUCACCUUGUUAUUGAAGAGUAGUUUUCUGUUUCACACCACUUGUCCACUUUGUGUUACACUCCCUUACAAAAUUCAAGUGGCCAAAACGCUUACAUCACUGUUUUCCUUGUUUAGUGCCUUCCCUGCUGCAACAUGUCAUGCAAUGUUAAUACAGAGGUACCUGCAGUUUUUUCUCAUUUUUUGUACAGGGCUGUAUGUAAACAUGCAUCAUUAUGUAAUGGUACUGAUCAUUUUUGGUUUACCGUAUCGUUUACUGUUCCUCAUCUGAAUACCCGUUCAUUUGUGUAUUGGUUUUAAUGAAUUGUUUGAGAUGUUUUCUAAACGAUGGUCAAUAAAAGUGAUUUGAAAGUU